CGCUGAUCCUGGUCAUCGCAUGAGGGAAAACGAAGAGAAGAAAGACGAAAAGAGAAAGAAAAGGUGGGAGUAAUGUAAUGUAAGUAAAUAAAGAUCAGAGAAAGAACAGAACAAGUAGAAGUGGGAGCUUUCAAGAGAGGCAGGAUCCAAUCCAAUUUUAGAUCUCAUACAAAAAUCUUCAUCAAUCAGAUCCUAAUUUUCGAUAUAUAUAUUUUUUUCGUUGUUGUUUUGAGGUUGAAGCAGUAAUAAUUUUUCUGGGAUUUUGCUCCAACGUUUUAUGGCAUCUCCUGGGUAUCCAAAUCAACAGACACAGCAUCAGCACCAUCAGCAGCAAACAGGUCUAUUUGAUUUGCAAAAUCUCCUUAAGCCAUCAUCUAAUUCUAAUCCUUCUCCCUUUCCUUCAAAUCCCCCAAUCCUAAACUCUUCUCCUUCAUUUCCUUCACCUUCUUCUUCGUCUCCUCCUCAACCUUCUUCUUCUUCUUCUUCUUAUCCUCCACCCACUGGCAUAUUCUCGUAUCGUCCUCACUAUCUUCCUUACCAAACCCAGCAGCAGCAGUCCCGAGAACAUCCUCGUAUUCUUCCUCAUCUUCCCCUAAUGCAUGUUCCACUGAGACCCAUGUUUCAAUCACCUUCUCCUUCAUCAUCCCCGCUAAUUCCUUCAUCUCCGAAUCCUAAUAGUAACUCUAGUGGGGUCCGGUUGAUGGCUCUCUUGGGCUCCCAAAACCCUUCUUCUUCUUCAUCUCCUAAUAAUCCUGAACCCACUCAAUCCUCUGUUCCUACAGUUUCUGAAUUUGCAAUGCCUGCAAAUCCCUCAGUCUUACCUUCCGGCCCAUCGGCUCCAACGAGGAUGCUCAGCAGCAAACUUCCUAAAGGACGUCAUUUGAUAGGAGACAAUGUUGUCUACGACAUCGAUGUUCGGUUGCCAGGAGAGGUUCAGCCCCAGCUUGAGGUCACUCCUAUCACUAAGUAUGGCUCUGAUCCUGGGCUUGUGCUUGGCCGUCAAAUUGCAGUGAAUAGAUCUUAUAUAUGCUAUGGACUGAAACUUGGUGCAAUCCGGGUCCUUAAUAUUAAUACUGCAUUAAGAUAUUUGCUUCGGGGUCACACCCAGAGAGUAACAGAUAUGGCUUUCUUUGCUGAGGACCUUCACCUGCUGGCCAGUGCUAGUACUGAUGGGAGAAUUUUCGUAUGGAAGAUCAAUGAGGGCCCUGAUGAGGAAGACAAACCUCAAAUUACUGGAAAAGUUAUCAUAGCUCUUCAAAUAUUAGGAGUUGGUGAAUCAGUUCAUCCACGACUGUGUUGGCAUCCCCACAAACAAGAGAUUCUAAUGGUUGCUAUUGGAAACCGCAUCCUUAAAAUUGAUACCAUGAAAGUUGGAAAAGGUGAAACUUUUUCAGCAGAGGAGCCUGUUAAAUUCAUUGAUAAGUUGAUUGAUGGGGUGCAACUUGUUGGUAGACAUGACGGUGAUGUCACUGAGUUAUCAAUGUGCCAAUGGAUGAAAAGUCGGUUAGCUUCAGCAUCAACUGAUGGCACGGUAAAAAUAUGGGAAGAACGCAAGGCAUCUCCACUUGCUGUUUUAAGGCCUCAUGAUGGCAAUCCUGUUAAUUCUGUGACAUUGACUGCUCCUCACCGCCCUGAUCACAUUGUCCUUAUCACUGCGGGGCCACUGAAUCGUGAAGUGAAGAUAUGGGUCUCUGACAAUGAGGAGGGCUGGUUAUUGCCCAGUGACUCUGAGUCAUGGAACUGUAUCCAGACGUUGGAUAUAAAAAGUUCUUCUGAAGCCAAUCCUGCUGAUGCUUUCUUUAAUCAAGUUUUAGCAUUAAACCGUGCCAGUCUAUUUCUGCUUGCAAAUUCCAAAAAAAAUACAAUAUAUGCUGUGCACAUUGAAUAUGGACCUAAUCCAACUGCUACUCGCAUGGAUUACAUUGCUGAGUUCACAGUCACAAUGCCCAUAUUAAGUCUUACUGGAACUAGUGAUUGUUUACCAGAUGGAGAACAUAUUGUACAGAUUUAUUGCGUCCAGACACAAGCUAUUCAACAGUAUGCACUUAAUUUGUCUCAAUGUUUACCUCCACCCUUGGACGACAUUGAACUCGAGAAAACAGCACCCAAUAGAUCUCGUGCCUUUGAUGGAUCUACUACUAUGGAAGCUGGAAACAUGCCUCAAGUUCAUUCUAGCAAUUCUGAAGCUGGCCCCAUUUACAGUCUUCCUGUCAGUUUGUCUUCUUCUGAUAUUUCUGGUUUGCCUGAGGGUUCUGCUUCAGGCACAGAAACAAAGCCACAUGAUGUGCCUUCUCAUAAUGGUGUUGAACAUAUCCACACUGCCUCACCUCCUCUUCCUUUGAGUCCAAGAUUGUCGCGGAAGUUAUCUGAUUUCAAAAACCCAUCAAAUAAUAUAGAGACUACUUCAUCAAGUGCUGAUCACAGCAGUGAGCAGACAUACCUUGAUUGUUCAGUUGAACAUAGAAUGGAGUCUGAAAACAACAGUAUGCGUGAUGUGCCUGCAUCAGUUGACAGUUUAAGGAAGCAUGAUAAACAAAAUGAAGCUUCUUUGGCUUCCAAUCUUUCUACAAUGUUCAAACACCCAACCCAUUUGGUAACCCCCUCUGAGAUAUUCUCUAGAGCUGCUUUAUCUUCAGAGAAUUCUCAUACUUCUCAAGGUAUCAAUGUACCUGAAGCACAGGUUCAAGAUGUAGUUGCUCAUAGUGAUGCAGUAAAUGCUGAGUUAGAGGUCAAGGUUGUAGGUGAGACAAGUUCUAAUCAAGAAAAAAUUGAGUCUGAUAGAGAGAGAGAUAUUCACACUACUGUUGCUGAGAAAGAAGAGAAGUUGUUCUAUUCUCAGGCUUCUGACCUGGGCAUUCAAAUGGCCAGAGAAACUUGUAGCAUUGAGGGAGUUCGCCAGGCUGAUUACACAAAUAAUAUGGAUGCACCUGAUCAAACUUGUAACCCUUCUAAGGAAGAAAGUCAAGAUAUGAGUAAGGUUGUAACUGCCAGCCUCAGUGAAUCAGAAACCACUGUUGCUGCUUCUCAAUCUCCGGCACCAUCUGUGAAAGGUAAAAAACAAAAAGGCAAAAAUUCUCAAGUAUCUGGUUCAUCUUCCACCUCUCCUACUCCCUUUAACUCAAUGGCCUCAUCAAACUAUCAAGGUGGCAAUUCAGAAGGCUCUAACAUGGAAGCUGUUUUGCCCCAGUUAUCAACUAUACAGGAGAUGCUAGGCCAGUUAGUAAGCAUGCAAAAACAGAUGAAUGUGAUGGUUUCUGUUCCAGUUACCAAGGAAGGCAAAAGGUUAGAAGGAUCCUUGGGCAAGCACUUGGAGAAAGUAGUCAAGACUAACUCUGAGGCCUUAUGGACUCGAUUACUAGAAGAAAAUGCAAAGCAAGAGAAGUUAGAGCAGGACCGUGCUCAGCAAAUAACGAAUUUUAUCUCCAAUUACGUAAACAAGGAUUUAUCCACUCAGUUGGAGAAAAUUAUUAAGAAGGAAAUAUCUUCAAUUGGAACAACUGUUGCUCGUUCAAUUAGUCAAAUCAUAGAGAAAACAAUAUCAUCAACCGUCACAGAGUCAUUCCAGAAGGGAGUGGGAGACAAGGCACUGAACCAACUGGAAAAAUCUGUAAGUUCAAAACUUGAAGCUAUAGUAGCUAGGCAGAUACAAGCACAGUUUCAAACUUCUGGCAAGCAAGCUCUUCAGGAAGCACUCAAGACUAGUCUGGAAGCUUCGAUGAUUCCUGCAUUUGAGAUGUCAUGCAAAGCUAUGUUUGAGCAAAUUGAUGUGGCAUUUCAGAAUGGACUUAUGAAGCACACAACUGCUAUUCAACAGCAGUAUGAUUCUACUCAUUCUCCCUUAGUCAUGACUUUAAGGGAUACGAUCAAUUCAGCAUCUUCAAUCACUCAAACCUUGAGUGGACAAUUGGCUGAUGGCUUACAUAAACUAUCAGAAAUUGCAGCUGCCUCCAAAGUGGCAGAUCCCUCAUUAACGCAAAUCAGCAAUGGUUUGCAUGAGAUUGCUGAGGAUCCGACCAAAGAACUAUCAAGGUUGAUAAGUGAGAGAAAAUUUGAGGAAGCAUUCACUGGCGCUCUUCUUAAAAGUGAUGUUUCAAUUGUUUCUUGGUUGUGCUCUCAGGUUGAUUUGGCUGGUAUAUUGUCGAUGGUGCCACUGCCAUUAAGCCAAGGAGUUCUUCUGUCUCUUCUCCAGCAACUAUCAUGCGACCUCAAUGCAGAGUCACCCAGAAAAUUGGCUUGGAUGACUGACGUGGCUGCUGCCAUAAACCCGGCAGAUCCAACAAUUGUGGUGCAUGUGAGGCCAAUAUUGGAGCAAGUGUAUCGGACUCUGGGCCAUCAUCAGGCGUUACCAACUACUCCCUCAUCAGAAGCACGCACAAUUCGCUUGCUUAUGCAUGUCAUCAACUCUGUGUUAUUGAGCUGUAAAUGAACUUCACUCUGUAUUUUACAAUCUGUGCAGAAAAUUGAAGCCUCAACUUUGGUUUGUAUAGAAAUCUAGAUAGUUCAGUGGACGAGAUAAACAAUUUAUGUAGCAAGCUGUCUUGAACAAUUGAUUAUUUGUGUGAAAUAGCUUCAUUUCUGUGUGUUGUACAUUACAUCUGAUAUAUAGUACAUUAGUCCUCAUCAAAUUGGAUA